AUGCUUAGAGGGUGUUCUUAUAUUCCCUACAUAUAUAAAUGUAUGAACAUCAGAACUUUGUCAAGAUUUUAUGACCAUAUAAAACAAAAAAGUUAUAUAGAUUUAAUUAAUUUUUCCAAGGGCCUGUACCUUUGUUUAUCUAAUACGUCUCCUAAAAAUGAUAAGCUGCUCAUCAAAUUCUCCACAGUACUUUUUAGGAACAUAUCCAAAAGGAAGCUACAUAACAAAGAUAAGAAAGAUUUAUGUCUUUUGAUGCUUUUAUUUAUUAAAUGUAAAAAGAAGUGUAAAACAUUUAUUUAUGAAAAGGAUGUAAUGAAUUAUAUAAAAGAUGCCAUAGAAAAAAAUUUAGAUAAGCUUGAUGAAGAUGACUUAUCAACAGUAUUAACCUUUCUAAGUUGUAUUAAGCAUAGUUAUAAAUUAUAUUCAGAAAGAUAUAUAAGAAACGAGAAAAGUACAGAUGUAAUAACUAAGCAAAUUAUAAAAAGAAGUAAUGAUUAUUUAGAUAAUUUUAAACAAAUCAAAAAUUUAUGUAUAUUAUAUAGUUUUUUAUGUAGAGAAAAUAUAACCAUAGAACUACAUAAUAAGAUAUUAGAUAAAAUUUUUAAGAAUAUCAAGAAAUGUAAAGAUACAGAUAUAACUAAUUUGAUAUAUAAUUUUUAUUAUAUAAAUAAUUUCUUUUUUAAAACAUUAAUAAAUAAAAUAUGUCAACAUUAUCAUAUGUACAAUGAAAUGAAUAAUACAUUAUUUUUAUAUCCACAAUGUGAACAUAAUAAAAAAAAAAAAAAAAAAAAAAAAAAAAAAAUCCAUACAAUAAAUGAGAAAAUAAAUGAGACAAUAAAUCAGGAAAUAAAUCAGGAAAUAAAUCAGGAAAUAAAUCAGGAAAUAAAUCAGGAAAUAAAUCAGGAAACAAAUCAUGGAACAAAUCAUGAAACAAAUCAUGAAACAAAUCAUGGAACAAAUCAUGGAACAAAUCAUGGAACAAAUCAUGGAACAAAUCAUGAAACAAAUCAUGAAACAAAUCAUGAAACAAAUCAUGAAACAAAUCAUGAAACAAAUCAUGAAACAAAUCAGGAAAUAUUUUUUAAUAGUGGUAAUAAAUUCAUAUCAGAACAAAAUAAUUUUCCUCAUAUAUGUACUAAUGUUAUACACCAAAGGGAUCAUAAAAAUGCACCAUUUUGUAUACCUCUUAAAAAAACGAAACAGACAUUUUUUAAUAUUUAUAGUUGUAAUAUUUAUUUAUAUAAUUUUAUAAAUAAAUAUAAUGAUAUGUGUUUAAAUGAAAAGAUUGAAAAUGUUACAGAUAAUUGUAAUCUUGUAGAUAAUAUAUGGAAAAAUUGUAAAUUGCUGCAUAGUUUUUAUAUAUAUCUUUCAUAUUAUAAAAAUAUAUUAAAUUAUAAAAUAAAUAUAGAUAAUAUAAAAAAUAUUAUUAAAGAAAAUAAUUAUGAUUUUGCACACAAAGACAACUAUUUAUAUGAAGAUAUAUUCACACAUAAUAAUUUACAAAUGUAUAUAUUUUUAUAUAACCAAGGAAUAAAUAAUCACAUUCAUUAUUUUAAUAAAAUGAGAAAUUAUAUUAUGAAUUCUAUUUUGACCAUUCUACAAAAUUAUUAUUCUAUAGAUCAAUUAAAUGUUAUCAAUAAUGAAAAAGGAACAUAUAAAAGCAACAAUUCGAUGAUGUUAAAUAAUUAUAUGUAUGACGAUGUAAGAUAUGUAUAUAUAUUAAAAAAAAGCAAUAGAAAAAAUUAUCAUCUUACUAAUGAUCAUACAUAUAUUUUGUUAAAUAUAAUAAAUCAAAUGAAUAUACAAAAUGAUAAAAUUUUAGAUUUAUUAAUAUACCAUUUUAAAAAAUCAUAUAGACAAUAUUCUUUAAAACACCUUCUAUUAUUAUUACAAUUUUGUGUCCUACACAAAUGUGACAAAUAUGUAUAUCGAAUAAUAUAUACAACAAUAAAUGAAAUAAUAGAUGAAAAAAAGAAAUGUAUAUAUGAAAGGAACAAAGAUACAUAUUUACAUAAGAAUAUGGUUACAAAUAAUUAUGGAUUCGUUUUCUUCCCUCCUAAUAUAUAUGAUAAAACUAUUUAUUCGUUAUAUAUAAAAACAUUUGUAAAAUGUACAGAAUAUUAUUUAAAAUAUAAUAAUAAUAAUAAUAAUAAUAAUAAUAUUAAUAGGGAUAGGGUGCUAACCUUAAAUGAUCAUCUUUUUCUUCUAGGCCUAUAUUUCAAUAUAUUUUUUUUAUACAAUAAUAAGGAAUAUACAUUUUUAAAUUUUUUCAAGUUAAAAGAUUUAAGAGAAGUUUAUGAAUUAUUUCACAAAAUCGAUAAAACAAUAUUAAGAAUAACAACAGGAAGUAACAAAAAAAUUAAAAAUUAUAAUUUAAAAUGGAAAAAUCAUAAAAAGUGUGCAAGUAAUAAAUGCAGGGAAAAUAUUUUAAAUUAUAAAAAAUAUAGUACAAAUUGUGAAAAUAUUAUAUAUCAUGAAAAUAUUGAAUGCAAUAAAAAUGUUACGUAUGAUAAUAAUAUUAUGUAUGAUAAUAAUAUUAUGUAUGAUAAUAAUAUUAUGUAUGAUAAUAAUAUUAUGUAUGAUAAUAAUAUUAUGUAUGAUAAUAAUAUUAUAUAUGAUAAAAAUAUUAUAUAUGAUAAAAAUAUUAUAUAUGAUAAAAAUAUUAUAUAUGAUAAAAAUAUUACAUAUGAUGAACAUAUUAAAAAUAUUUAUAAGAUUAAAAUGAAGAAGGAAAAAGGAUUCAUAAAUUUUACGAAUUAUACAAAAACAAAGAAAAAUAAAAUGAAGAUAUAUUCUUUUUACCUUGAAAGGUUACAUAUGGAUAAUUUAUUAAAUUAUAUUGAUAUCUCUUUUAAUCAAAUUAACUAUAUUCAAUUAAAUAUAUUUAAUUCUUACAAUAUAUAUAAUAGCUGUUCAUAUGUAUAUGUGAACUAUGAGAAAUUACCUCUUCUUCCUAAUCUUGUCCCAAGUUUGAUAAUUAAGAUGUAA